AUGCUGGGAACUGCCGUCCCUUCGGAACCUGUCUAUCGACCUUCUUCACGUCAACCCGCUCAGCCGUCAUCGAAUCUUGACACCGGCUCUAUAUCUACCUCGUCCAAUAACACCCCCACCUUGCCAGCCCCGCCAUCGGCAUCUGCCGCAGGUUCAGCCCGAUUUUCAUCCCAAGAUGUUCCGGCCUACAUCAGGGAAUCAUCUCAUACCAGUUCGCAAUCCUCGGAAUCUUCAACAGUCACGCCCGGGCCGACCCCUAUACCUGUACAACAGCAGUCUGGAUCAAUGAACCCGCCAUCUGGCGUGCAUACUGGUUAUGGCGGGCAACCGGGCACUGGCUCUGCAGGCCGGCAUACGGCGAGUCAUUCUUCCCCAGCGUCUCCGCGGCUGAGACCGACCUUACAGUCUCUUCGGUCACUGGGAGGCUCAGAAGCUAGUUCUCCCAGCCGCAUCAAGAUCCGUGACCUGUCUCACAUUCAGAGCUUCGCUAGCGAAGAGUUUCUAGCUCAGCCACAGAGGAGCCGGGCACCCGGAACUUGGGCUCAAGAGCGCCAGUUCGAAAUCAGUUCCAUGCCGGUCACGGACAUCAUCGAAAUGGUCGCAGGCCUCCUAACCAAGAUCACUAGCACCAACGAUUCACAUCAUGAGCAGGUUCAUCGACAAAUGCCCCCUGUCGAUGGGUCAAGUAACCUGACCCAACAAGCGCACAGCGUGCUUGCAUUCCAUGGCAAAAACGUCCCGAGCAUAAGUAUACUGAGCUAUUUGACCAGGAUCCACAAGUACUGUCCUACGACCUAUGAAGUUUUUCUCAGUUUACUAGUGUAUUUCGACCGCAUGACCGAGAUGGUCAAUAAAGGUCAAUUAGACCGUCUACGCGGUCGCUACAGUCGUACAGACGCCCUGCAGUCUGACGGCACAAUCAGACCCAGAUCUUCUGAAUCAUCCGCCGCGCAGCGGGCUCAUACUUCACCCAUGGUAACCCCGCCGCCGUCCGCUGGUAUAUCAGCUCAAGACCCGGCGUCGUCAUCACCUAUCUCUCCAGCCAUGAAUCCGCAAGGAGAUGACCAUCUCUCUCACUUUUUUGUCGUGGAUAGCUUCAACAUUCAUCGGCUAGUCAUUGCGGGCGUAACCUGCGCUAGUAAAUUCUUCUCUGAUGUAUUCUAUACCAACUCUCGAUACGCAAAGGUCGGAGGUCUCCCUCUAGCUGAGCUAAACCACCUCGAACUCCAGUUUCUCCUCCUCAACGACUUCCGCCUCUCAAUUCCGGUCGAGGAACUUGAAGCAUACGGAACCAUGCUGGUGGAGUUCUAUGCCAGGGAAAUUGUAGCCCAGCAGCAACAUCAACCGCAACCCCAAGCAGGGUUUAUGACACGAGGAUCGGGAUCGGACGAGAUGUACAUGCGCUCCCGCGCGCAUCCUGAAGUCCGCCAAACUAGCACGCCGCCUUGA